AUGGUGUUGAAGCCGUUGGAAUUCUCAGAAUGCCUCGCUGAUACGCCAUGGUUCCGCCAAAACCUUCACGAGCACGAAGUUGCCCUUGAAGAUGCCUAUAAAAGCAUUAAAAACAUCGAAACACAAUGUCGUGAGCUCAUCUCCUGCACCAGAAAACUCUCACUUGCUCAGCGUGCUUUUGCAAAAACUCUGACCGAAUUCAAAAUCGAAACUGUGGGCACAACACAAACAGAUGACGAAAGAGUCAUUGGAAAUUGCCUCAGAGAGUUCGGCAAGCUCAUUAAUCAAGUUGAAGAGGAGCGCACGAAAAUCCUCAAUGAAGCCGAAUCUCAUUAUUUGGAACCGCUGAAGAAGUUCCGAGUCGAAGCCAUUGGUCGGACAUUGCACGAGGAGAAACGGAAAUACGAAAAGGAAAGCGCAAAGUUCUACCAAAGCUUGGAAAAACACCUCCAUUUGAGCACGAUGCGGAAAAACGAUUUUCGUGAGGCGGAUGCUCAAUUAGAUAUUCAACAGCAUAGCUUCUGCAAGGCCUCUUUGCAAUAUGUAGCUGAAAUUCAAUCAGUUCAAGAACGGAUGAAGUUUGAAUUUGUCGAAACGCUUAGUUCUUUCUUGUACUCAUGGCUGACCUUCUAUCAUGUCGGACACGUUAUUCAUGAGGAUUUCAAACCUUUUUUGGACGGUGUGCAGGACAGGGUACAAAAGACCAAAGAAAGUUAUAUGGCGACUAUCGCUGAGGCUGAAGAACUAAAAGAGAAAAUGCUCAAAGCGCAUGCCAAAACGACAAAUGCUGCAGGAACAGUCGCCACAGGUGGUUCUGAGCGUUCGUCGACUAUCAAACAGGGUUAUGUAUACAUGCAGGAAAAAAGCAAAUUGCCAAAAACAAUAGGAAGAGAUGUGCUGGCUGGAAAAUGGACCAAAUAUUAUUGUGUGUAUUCCAAAGAAACAAGAAUUUUCACUAUGAUACCUAUCACGGCUACUUCGAAAACGGAUAUGAAAGGUGCCUUGGGACUGUCAGUUUCUUUCAAGUUGAAGGAAUGCUUGCGGCGGUCAUCAGACAGUAUAGAUAAGAGGUUCUGUUUUGACCUGAUUGCCGAUGAACGACCCGAUGUGAUGACCUUCCAAGCGCUUUCGGAGGAAGAUCGGCGGCAAUGGAUUGAUGCAAUGGACGGCAAGCAAACGGUCUAUUCACCUGGUGCAGGUCCUUCAACGACUACCCUACAAAGACGUUUUAAGAAACAUUUAUUGAAACAUUCAUGCAUAAUUGGACAAGUGUGUCGUUAG